GGCCAUUGGCUGUCUGUGAUGGUUAAUCCAGAAUGCUGGGUUUCAUACAAGCAGGAUUUAGCCAUAACCAUGAUACCAACAUCUGUCAGGAUCCCGCUUCGAGCUCCCGAACCCAGACGUCACAAAAGCGGAAUAUUUCUGUCUUAUUGUUUUGAUAAAAGAGGGAGAAGCAGUCAAUAGAUUCAGAUACUAAGCUGGUGCAGUGAAACCAUGGGCAAGACGGGGAGUAAAGUCCUCAGAGAAACCUCAGUGGACGGGGUUCAAGCCCAGCCUCCUCCUGCUGUGGCUGCUCCUGUUCCUGCUCCUGAUCCUGAUCCUGAUCCUGCUCCUUCUCCUGCUACCGUUAAAUUCGAAGGACUCACUAAAAUUAACAAGAUGAAGGUGAAAUGGACCCAGCUGGGUUUGGUCUUCUUUCUUGUUUUGUCACUGGUGAUGACAGGAUGCUUCUUCUGGCAAUAUCAGCUGCCCAAACUUCUGCCAGAUGAAGGGAUGGGUCGCAAUGCCAAAGCAGAGAUGAUGUGUCCUCGCUUCCCCGAGGCUCUCCAGCUGGAGCAUCCUAUCGCCAGUCUGAAAGAGGCCCUGGAAAAGGUGGACGUUUUGCUUCGGCAGAGCAUCAACCCUAUCAGCCUUCCCUCUCUGUCGGCCAUCGUAAUCUUAAAUGACACUGUUUUGUGGACCGGCAACUUUGGAAAAAGGAAUGCCAGUGACCCUCACUCAGGACCCCCGAAUGAGUACACAAUUUACAGAAUUGCAAGCCUAUCAAAAAUCUUCCCUACGCUGAUGCUGUACAAACUGUGGGAGGAUGGGAAGAUCGGCUCCCUGGAUGACCCUCUGGAAAAAUAUGUGGACAACUUCACCAUCAAAAACCCUCUGGGAAAGACGCGAGACUCUGAGCUGAAAUAUGUGACAGAUGGCCUGAUAUUUUUGGACAGCGGGGAGGUUCAGAUCCGCUCUUCCUCAGUCACCCUGCGCAGGAUGGUCAGCCAGCUCUCGGGUCUACCCAGGAGACUCCGGGCCACAAGUCUGCUUUGGAAAGGAAAAACACAAACUGCAAUCAAUCUGCUGCAAGACGAUGUCCUCGUAGCAGACCCAGGCACUAAAUGUCACUACAGCAACCUCGCCUUCUCACUGCUGGCUCAUGUGAUGGCUGAGCGAGUGGUCGCCGUUGACUACCAGCGGUGGAUUACAGACAACAUCCUGGACCGGCUGGGGAUGGAGGACACCGGCUUCGACAUCACCCCGGAGCUCCAGGGCCAGUUGGCUGUGGGAGUGUACUCCAACGGAAAGCCAGCCCCGCUCUAUGACCUGGGUUGGUACCGGCCUUCGGGUCAGAUGUUCUCCACGGCUGCAGACUUGGCCAAGCUCGCCAUGAUGCUGCUGGGCGCUUAUCACCGCAAGAUGCUGGAGCCAGACUCGUUGAAGAUCAUGCUGACCCCGCUCUUCAGGUGCGAUAAGGACUACUUUGCCAAUCGUACUGGGACGCCGUGGGAGGUGAAUGAAUUGAUGGGCUACGAGAUGGUGCGUAAAGAUGGCGAUCUGGACGGCUACUCUGCCACCUUCUCCCUGGUGCCCAGACUGAAGCUCGGUCUGGUGGUGCUCAUGGCUGGCAGCCGGUCUCAGAACCAGGACUUGGUCACCAAGGCCUACAACCACAUCAUACCAGCCAUAGAAAAAGCCUUUAGGGAGGCCAAGAAGGUCCUUUAUCCCCCGCCAAAGCCAGAACCUUACAUCGGCUUUUUCACCUACAGCAACAUCACAUUUUACGAGAUCAAAGUUGGGCCAGACGGAGUUCUGAUCAUGCAACAGUUUGGGCCUCAGAUUGAAGAGCUUAUCCCAGAAAAGUACAGGACAAUAAAGCUUAACUACCUGGUUGACCGGGUGUUCAGAGUGGUUUUUGAAAAGGAGUACCCUUGUGUUUUGAAAGUCGGCACGGCCUCAGUGUCCCUGGAAGCCCAAGAUGGCCAAUUAUUUAACUUCUACACAUUUGACAAGAGCGGUUUGUCCACUGGUUUUGAUGCACCAGGACUAAACACAUACAAUGUGGUGAGAAUAGCCCGCAAGCCAACCUUCUCGACCUGAACUGCAGCGAUGCUGCGGCCUAAAGACAAGUGGUGUGCCCUUGGGAUGUAAGGGACUCUAAACAAAAAGGACGCUGUGAAUAUUGCAAGACCAAAAGAAAAAGCUGGGGUCAUUUCGGCGGUCAUUUGUUCUCCAGAUUAACAGAGAGCGCACAAAGGGACAGCAAUGUGUAUAAUGUCCUGCACAGAAUGAUGUAUGGGACUGUCCUUCAUCAUGGAUCCCAACUAAACAUUCACACUAUGGCGAUAUGGUGCAUGUGUUUUUUUUCCUGCCUUCAUUUAAACCGCUGUAACAAUGUCUUGGUCUUUUCUGUCCUUGAGUUUUCAUGUGAGAGCGCAGCAGAACAAAACAUACUCCUGUUGUGGAGAAGAUUUCAUUUUCAAUUGUUGGACCAUGAUUGCAAUUCCACAAUGUCGGCUCAUACAUAUUACUACUACAAUAGCACUAUUGGGAGGAAAACAGUAUUUAAUUUCUUCGUGUUACUAUGAACUAUGCUUGUGACAGGUAGAAUUAUGAAAAUUUGUAUGACCCAAAUGAAUAUGCAUCCCUUUUUUUUAAAUGCUGAUGUUGCCACGGGUACAGAACUACUGAGUUAAUGUCAAGAAUCAAAAUAGUUUGGCUCCCUAAUGGGAGGCCAUUAAGGACAGAGAGGCUUUGGGCAUCAUGUGUGACUCUUUGCUGUUUAAUCCCAAAAGAAAUGGACUCCAAUUUGUCCUGACCUCUAACACCAAUAUAAAUAAUACACUGCUCUCCUACUGCUACAGGAAAAUGACAGAUUCAAGUGUACAAAAUAAAUCUCACAGGGCUUAGGCUGAUGUGUUACCUUUUCA